GACUGAUAAAAUCUUGUGGCUGCAGUUGUGUAGCCUGUUCUCCUGACUGUGGCCGCACUUGGAUGUCUCCUAUCUGAGGCACCUGCUAACUAAUUAAUCUAGCAGCAUUCCUGACCAUCUUAUCUCGGCAUAUUUGCAGUAUUUCCAAGAAAAUUCUUUCACGCGCCAAAUAUCAUGGCACACAGGAGAAGACGACAACGUUCAUUUCCAGUUUUCUGUAUUCAGACAGCACUGAUAGACAUACAUCCAACAAUAUGGACCAGCUUACUUUGAAUUACAUGGAAAUGUGCAACAUGGAAUCCAGCACAGGCUCUGACUCCGAAAUCAGUCCAAGAUGGUCCGACACCAGUACUAUGGGAUGUGUGAGCAGUGCACCAGAGAGUGGGGCCUCAUGGCAGGCAUUGCCACUAACACACAAGCCUGCAGGAAGGCGUGGCUGUUAUUCUUUGUGUUUGGACCCGUAUGAUGGGAGCUCAGAGGAUUCUGACGGGUCCACUAUCAAUGCCAGUGUCUCCAGCAGGCAAACAAAGCAGCAGGCAAAAGGUGGUGGAAAAGCAGGAUGUCGACUCUUGGGCCAAACCAGGCGAUUUAUCUUUCAUCACUCUGCUUCUGUUGCCCUCAGAGAAGGGGUGCAGAAUGAGAAGAGAAACUGUCUGAGAGAGCAGCAAAAUCUUCUGGAUAUCCAGAUGAAAUGUGGAAGUGACUCCGACCGGUGCGCCUGUGAGCUCGACACUCUGCCCUCUCACAGUGACAGGGAUGCUUGUAAAACUCUUUCAGAAGAGAGGGGAACCGACUCAAUGACACACACCCAAACCAUGGACAUGGAAUUGCAGCUCGAUGAUUCAGGCUUACACAUCACAGGAUCCUCCACACUUCACCCACCUAAACCUCAAACCUCAGUGGAAGGGAGUUCAUCCCAGAUGCUGGGUUGCUCUUCUGAGAGAUCAUCCUGCUUGUGUAACUUUGGAUCUCUUCACAAGAGAAAGCUGAAUCUCCCUGGAGUAGAAGUGGUGGAAUUAGGACAAAGGAAGAAGCAGUGUGUCUCCAACAUGAAGGAAGAAGGAAACAAACGAUUCUGCAUCUAAACCAUGUUAGUUCUCUAACCACCGACUGACAGACUGAACCCACAUUAAAUACUCUAAAAGAUUUAAGGUGGACUGAAAUACUGUAAAUAGUUAUUUGAAAUUGCACUUUCUUUACUCAUAAAUAGUUAAGUUCGAGCAACUCCUGAUGGCAUUCAGCAGCUACCGCUUGCCUGAAAUUUAGCCAAAGGUGACUCAUUAAACUCUAAUUUUUGUCCAAAUGAG